ACAGUAGUUCCUCUGCAUUAAGAGAAGUACUACACUGGGCUUUGUAAUUCCUAACUGAACAACCAUAAGCUAUGAGUCAGGACUGUAAAAUGACACCUGCCCUGGAAUGCUGGCUAGUCUUUUAAAAAUGCUGGAAAAUGCGUUUUGGCAAUUGACGCUGAGGAACGCGCUUCCGUCCAUUUCGUGUUACGUGUUCGCCUUGCAGGUGCUGAAGGAUAGCGGUCUUGGCACCAUUCAUCAUCUUUUCAGUAAAAUAACUUCGAUACUGGCCACAUUGAUUACGGAAAUUAUUCAGAAGAUGGUAGCAAAACAGAGAAUCCGAAUGGCAAAUGAGAAACACAGCAAAAACAUCACACAGAGGGGAAACGUUGCAAAGACCCUGAGACCACAAGAAGAGAAAUAUCCAGUGGGACCCUGGCUGUUGGCCCUUUUUGUAUUUGUUGUAUGCGGAUCAGCUAUCUUUCAGAUAAUACAGAGUAUCAGAAUGGGCAUGUGAGGACCUGCAAUUUCUGUGGAUCCUUUCUUCACUCUACAGUUUUGUGCACCAGAUGCAAUUUUGGAGCCUCACAAUUAAUGGAAAACAGAAAAAGAAGAAUCUUGCUGGAUUUCGCCUGCACAUUCAUUCCUCAAGUGCAGCCCAGAAAACCUGUUUACGUGACAUCUUGGUGCAUACAUGUUUGAAAUGUCCUUGACAAUGGGGAUGCCUUGCUUUUAUACUGACUCUGUGGUUUAACCAUAUUGGUUGGCUGUAGCAGUGCUGUCUGUGUUUGUUUCACCUGACUAAUGUAUGUGUUUGAAAAUGUAAUUGCUCAAUACUAUGUACCAUAAUUCAUUUCUACUAUUAUGUGUGUAUGAUCUAUAGAGUACAUUUUACAAAUAAAUGUGUUUAAUACUCCUGUUUGUUGUGUUUUAAAGACAUGGUUUUAGUGAUGUCUGUAUUUUAUACAAUGAGAUAUUGAAUGAUCAUUUGGGUGGGGCUUUUAAAAAGAUCAGUCACUACAUUAAGUUAUAAAAACAGGAGCAGCUUUUUCAGGUGUGAUUUAUUCCUUCGCUGGAGUAUUGGGAGCUGUGAUUAACCUAUUAACUGCUGACUGAAAUCUGAAAGGCAACAUUAUCUCUUAAAAACACUUUUAUAAUAAAAAAACAUUUUAUCACGUUAUUAUGUAAUAAACGCAAGAGGAGAUUUUUAGGGUGUGUAACUAAUAAAAACAUUAUUGAUGUAAUAACUGAUACAACGUACCUGAACAUGUAGCUUGUAAAUAAAGGUGCUGUUCCUUGCGGACAAACAUCCUUUCCUGUAUGAAGUCAAAUGACAGUUUAAUGAGAAUCUGGGAAUGUGACUAACUGUACUGGACACAAAGAAACUCUGAAGAAAGAGGGGAUUAGUGCUGAGUCCAGGACGUUGUUUGUUGCAAGAAGUGAUUCCUGUUGAAGCAGCAUGUGAAUUCAUUGAUUGAUCUGAACGACUGGUUGCUUCCUAAGGACAUAGAAUCAAACAAUGUUUACACCAGUGUAAUUGUGAAUCACGUGUAAAAAUAUAUUUAAAGGAACGAGUAAUGGCUUUUAUACAAUUUUACACUUCUUCACAAAAAUAGGACUGAUAUUUUACACGUCAGCUGGGCACCAAAAAGAUCAUACAAGUCCAGCCAUACAGCAUGCCACACAAUUUUACAUCCAAAUAGGAUUCGGAUAUGAUGAUGUUACAGUGCACCGAUGAACGCACUUAACACUUUUCUUACAAGUUUUUAUUGUAAUCUUUGAAGUUAUGGAUGGGUGACAACAGAUUUAACCAUUUUGGUGAACUAAACAUUGCAAAUGAAGUAUGUUGGCAUAUACCAAACAAACAUGUUUUUCCAAUAACCCAAGUGUCCACAGUAAAGUGCUUAGUUUAUUUCAUCCAAUUGUCAUUCUGCAUGCAAAUACGAGCCUUAACCAAUACUGAAGUUAUCAAGGGACACAAGCGUUAUUGUAUAAAGAGUACAUGAUCUAAGCAAUACAUGGGUAAUACAACGGCACAGUCCUGCUAUUUGUUAAUGAUUUGGGUGAAACCCUCCUAUUGUGCUCAAGUCUCUUGUAGUUUGCAGACUGGUUUUAUUUAGGUAGAACCAGUAUAGUAAAAAGCUGAUCACAAAUGUGCCAAUAUAGUUGUACUUUAAGCCAUGGCUGCAAGAUUCAGUAGUGGGACAUAUAUUGUAAAUGUUCAAAAUGUUGUUGACACAGUCACUACAAAAAGGGCAGAUUUUGUCUGGCACAUUGCACUUAGCAAAGUCUGCAGUUCAACAAUAGGGUCAUUCCAUGUCAACUCAACCAGAGCUUCCCACCUUUGCUUAUAUUUUGUGUAAUCGAUACAGGUCGGGUAUGAAACCAGGCCAAAUCUUUUAAGCUGAAUGAUGAAGAUUUGCUGAGAUACACCCACAAAUUAUUAUUAUUUUUUUUAGGGGGGUGCAGUCACACUUGAAAUGCGUCUCAUUUUUGCGUGAUUUUGAGCAUCUAAAAGUAUAUUUAUAAUGUCAGUAGCCCUAUGAAUGUGUGUACAAUAUAACCCAAAACAACAUAAAUGCAUGAUGUUCUGGUUUGUGCAUUUAUUAAACUGUGAAAGAGAGAGAUUACCAAGUCAAUUAAUUCACCACAAAUCCUUCAAAUCCUCAUCUAUAAGCCCACCAAAGGUCUGUUUGUUAACUCGUGUCCCACAAGGGGUUUCAGCCCUUCAAAGAUGGGGCCAUUUUCAACACUUUCAUCCUGAAGCCUUUUUGUGUGGUCAUUAAAUCAGACAGUAAAGUGAUAUCUUGUCUGCUUUAGAAGAAACAUGCACUUAAAAAUCACUCAAGAAUUGGACAAUUGAACAAUGUUUCAAUUUUAAGCCCCCAGCAACACAGAAAUACAAAGCAGUGGUACUUAUUUUGCAUGAAUUCUACAGAAGACCUCCCUGCUAUCUGUACAGAAGCAUUCAUAGGGCUACACUGACAUUCUAAAUAUCACACACUCCCUCCUACAAAAGGGGGCUUAUCUCAGCAAAUCUUCACCAUUGAGCUUAAAUAUUUUGUCUAGUUUCAUACCUGACCUGUAUCUACCACUACACAAAACAUAAGCAAAAUGAAAAUUGGAUUUUGGUUGAUUUGACACAGAAUGACCCAGUCUUGUGUGUUUACUCUAUUAAUCCAGCUACAAUAAAAAAAAAGAGCUUGGAUUUAGCUGUGUAUAUACUGUCAGUGUUUAGAGUAUGGUAUCUUAAACAACAUGAAUAAUUACACUUAUGUAACCAAUUCAUGUUUGACAUGCAGAUUUGCCAGGUUACCUCACAGUGACAGCCACAUUAAACUGUGGUUCCAGUAGACAUGUUUAGUUGUUUUUAUUAUUCCUUAGCAACCAUAGAUGAUGACUGUUUGAUAAUUUAGCAACAGUAAGCUCGUUUUCUAAAUGAUUUGCACCCCUGCAUGUGUUCCUGCACUAUAUCUCCAUGAUCUCUUAGUCUGACUUACACUUUCUUCAGUACCAAAUGGGAAAGUGAAACAGACAUAAUGCACAAUGCUGAUAGCAAUGCAUUCAGAAUGGGCUAGGGAAUGUAUAUGACAAAGAGCAGCAACAUAUCUGCAGGCAUACGUCACACUUGAAAGUGUAAGGCUGAGCAAAUCAGCGGGUAGUAAGUGCCAUACCAGAACAAGGCUCCUGUUGGAUACUGACUGGGGAUCACAUUUCCAAAUGAGAUAGCGAGAGAGAAUAAAUAAAUAAUGACAACCAGUUUUUCUAGGACCAUGAGCCACAGAAUAUUUUACAAAAAUGUGCUGGCAUCUUACCUAAAGGUAUUUGGUAAAAAGAGACAAAACGGUUUUUUUUUGUUUGUUUUGUUUUAACAAACUACAAAAACAAAUAAAUAAAUAUAUUAACAAUACAUUCUUCCACUUUCACAAAUUAAAAUAAAAAGCACACAUUUGUAGUAAGAACUGGCAAUGCAGCUCCAAGUGUAUAUUACAAAUGCGCCCCUUUCCCAACCUGUAAAUAGAAUCCCUUUGCUAGUGCGUCGCCAUGGAGGUUUGCCGUUACCAGGAUUCCUUAGCAACCAGCAUUCAGUUAUAGACUCUGUCCCCUGCUGAACUUCAGGGAUUUCCUGCAAGGCUAUGCCACUGGUUGCGAUGUUUUAUUUACCGUUAAAACAACACUCUCUCGUGAAAGCUUUCUCAUGUGCAUUGCAGCGCUUCGAAACAAUGUUACCCGCGCCAUGCCAUAUCCUGUUCCCCUGGCGUCACCGGGGAACCCCUCGCACUGCACCAUGUGAGGAGGCGGGGAUUGGGAGGGACUCCGGGGGAGAGAACACGCUUCAAAACUCCAGCCCGAAUUCACAGACUGCUCGGGGUGGUAGAGAGUUCAUGUUGAGAAGAAGUUUUACUGUGUAUAAAUUACACAUUACUGUGGGGAGAAAUGAUUAAAAAAAAAUGCACUUAAACCUGUUUACUGGGACAUUUACUUGGUCCACAAUGGCACGCUUGCUUUUCAGCUUAGCAUUUUGAGUGGAAAUGUUGUGGAAAAG